GCAGCCCCCGCCGCCCGGCCCGCAACGCCCGCCGCCGUCCUCCGCGCUCCCGCGCCGCGUUCCGCCCAGGCCGCGCCCAGCGGGAAUGCAGAGAUCGCCGCCCGGCUACGGCGCACCGGACGAGCCGCCCUCCCGCCGAGACCGCGCAUGGGCCCCGGGACGCGGGCCAGCCGCUGAGCCCCGCAGCCCGCCGCGCAGCCCGGAGCCCGCACGCUAUGGCCUCGGCCCGGCCGCCGACGAAGCGCGCAUCCGGCGGCCCAUGAACGCCUUCAUGGUGUGGGCGAAGGACGAGCGCAAGCGGCUGGCGCAGCAGAACCCGGACCUGCACAACGCGGUGCUGAGCAAGAUGCUGGGCCGAGCGUGGAAGGAGCUGGGCGCGGCGGAGAAGCGGCCGUUCGUGGAGGAGGCGGAGCGGCUGCGUGUGCAGCACCUGCGCGACCACCCCGACUACAAGUACCGGCCCCGCCGUAAGAAGCCGGCGCGCAGGGCGCGGCGCCCGGAGCCCGGCCUGCUGCUCCCGGGCCUGCCGCCGCCGCCCGAGCCCUUCGCCUUCCGGGAGCCGCCGCCGCCGCGGCCGCCGCCGGGCUCCGAGCUCGACGGCCUGGGGCUGCCCACGCCCGAGCGCUCGCCGCUGGACGGCCUGGAGCCGGGCGAGGCCGCCUUCUUCCCGCCGCCCGCGGCCCCCGAGGACGGCGCGCUGCGGGCCCUCCGCGCCGCCUUCGCGCCCGAGCCGGCGCCGGACCCCGCCGGCUACGGGGCGCUCAGGACCGCGCCCGCCGCGCCGCUCGCCGGCUUCUACUACGGGCUGGGCGCGCCGGGCCCCUACCCCAGCCCGCUGUCCCCGCCGCCCGAGGCCCCGCCGCUGGACGGCGCCGAGCCGCUGGCGCCGCCCGCCGACCUGUGGGCCGACGUGGACCUCGCCGAGUUCGACCAGUACCUCAACUGCGGCCGGACGCGCCCGGACGCCGCGCUCCCCUACCACGUGGCGCUGGCCAAGCUCGGGCCCCGGGCCAUGUCGUGCCCGGAGGAGAGCAGCCUCAUCUCCGCCCUGUCCGACGCCAGCAGCGCCGUCUACUACAGCGCCUGCAUCUCGGGCUAGGCGGCCGGCGGCGGGGCCGCUGCCGCGCGUGCGCGCAGGCUCCCUCCC